AUUUGCACAGCAGUAUCAAUUAAACAAAAAUCGAUAAAAUGUGCUCAUAGAAUGCAUUAAGCAUUUGAGCAUAAUGCAGUGCGUAAUGUGUGUAAAUAGAGUUAAUUAGUUUAGUUUGCAAUUGCGUGUUACAAAACAACAAAAACAAUAACAAAGACGUCGAAGCAGAAAGAGAAGAGUAAACAGCAUGUCCAGCUCCAGCUCCAAUGGAGCAGCAAGUGGAUCUGGCGAAGCCUUCGUCAUCUAUUACGAGGGCAAACCGCUGCAGCUGCAUUGGAAGGGCGUGCCACCAUUGACCCGUUCGCCCGCAUUGCGUCUCUGCUUCAUGGGCAGCUAUGCAGAGGGAACCAAAGACAGAGAUUCCACUGCUCUUGUCCAAUUUGAGUCCAGUUGGUUGUUACUGCUGACAGCAGAUCAAUCACUCUAUUCGGCGGAGCUGUUGAAGCUGCAUGGUAUCAGUACACUGGAACUGAGCCUGCUGCGCACGGACAUCGUUGAUGUGGAUUUUUGUCGCGGCAGCCGUCAGCUGUUUGUGGUACUUACCAAUGGCAGCGUGCAACGUCAAUUGAUCACCGCCGGCGGCGGCGGCUAUCGGGCGAGUGCAUGGCAAACGCUCAGCUUUGAUCCGCUCGGACUGCACGACGAGGGUGUCUGCAUGCGACGUGUCUGCUGCUCCGAGCAGGGUGUCGUCUUUGUCAGUCUCAACGGGGACACCUAUGUCCUGGGGAGCUGUGGCGAGGUCUUCAACGCCGAGCAGCCCCGUCACAUGCGCCUCUGCGAGGAAGGUAAACAGCUGUUGGACCUGGUCGCUGGGAAUGAGCAUUUUGUGCUGCUUGUGGCGCCCCAUCAACUGGCCGACGAUGUGCUGCAGCUGCAGCAGGAGCACAGCAGCGCAGAGGAGCAGGGCUCACUUAAAUCUCUGCAGAGUGGCAGCUCGGAGCGCAGCUUUACGGCCAACACGCGUCAUCUACUGCAUCAGGGAUUUGCGUUGCUACACACGCAGCUGUUCACAUUUGGUGCCUCGAAUGGUGGCCUGCUGGGCACCGGGGAUCACAUACGACGAGCCCACGUCGCCCGUCUGGAGAAAUUGGAUGGCAUGGGCGUUUGCAGCAUUGCUGCCGGCAGGCAUCACAGUGUGGCACGCACCCUAGAUGGACGUCUCUAUCACUGGGGCAUCAACAAUCGCGAGCAGCUUGGCGAGGAUCUCAGCUCGCCCACCGAGAUCUGUUUGUCGGAACAACUGAAACCGGAGCAGCACACCGCGCUGGAGGCGACCUGCGGAGAUUAUCGCACACUGCUUCUCAAUGCAGCUGGGCAAGUCCAAAUGGUGUCCCAGCCUCCCUCCCAAUCCAGCACCUAUGAACAGACAGUGCUGCAUUUGCAGUUGGGCGUCGCCUGGCCACGUCAGAUGCGUCUGCUGCACUGUGCCGGUGGCUACACGCUCCAGAAUUGCCGUCAAUUCCAGCGACAAUAUCACUAUUUUCUCAGCCAUCUGCAGUCGCAGUUACAGCUGCUGUUGAAGCAACGUCAGGCGGUAGAGACUCUGCUCAGUUGGAAGCUGCCCGUUUUGGCGCCGCUACUCCUCAACUGGGAGCGAAUUGUGUGCCUGGUAGCAGCCACACUACACUCGCUGGAGGGCUUCUAUCGUGCGGACUAUGUGCAGCCGGCGGAUUUACUGUUCAUCUGCUAUUAUCGCGAGUAUAUCGAACUGUUCGAGGGCUAUACUCGUUCGUAUUGCGAUGUGCUGUCGGUGAAUGGAUUUGGUGAGGCGGUAAAUGUCAUUGGACAGCCGCCAUUGAGCAAUCUCAAUCUGCUGGCGGAACUGGGCGAAGAGAGCUAUCUGAUCCGAAUGUUCCAGCAGCCAUUUGCCAUCUAUCAGCUGUUCAUGCAGUUCAUGGAGCUCCUGGUCAAGACACAGCCAGAAUACGAUGAGCAUCGUGUCGCCUGGUCAGAGUUUGCCCGCAUGAGCUGCAUUAGCCAGGAGCUGGCCGUCAAUACCAAAGAGUUCUGGAGCGGCAAGGAGUGUACGCCGCGCAUUGCCCAUCUGCGACAUCGUCAGCGACGUGUGAUCCUCACAUCGGCCCUGGUGCCGCUCAAGCUGGCGAGCAGCGGUCUGAGCAUGUCAAGCCACAGCUUUAUACUCUUCUCCGACUUCCUUUGCCAGCUGGGCAGUCAUGCACUCCAUGCGUACCCGCUGAGCGCCUUGUGGAUUUGGUCAGAGGGUGAACUGGGACUGCGCAUCGUGACGCCCGAAAAGAACUUUCUGCUGAUGACCCGCAAGGCGGAGUUGCGUAAAGUGUGGCUUGAUCAGCUGCAGUCGAGCAUUGUGGCUGCCUUAGGGCGUCCACUAGGCAGUCCGGUUCCCAGUGUUCGGUCCACUGCCUAUGAGUAUAGUCGAGAGCAUCCAAAGUUUGCACGGGUCAAGGCCUGUGGCACCUGGCGCAAAGGCAUCCUGCAUGGAAAUUGCUAUCUGGAGUAUCCCGAUGGCACUGUCUACUGCGGCGAGGUCCAUCAUGGAGUCAUCGAAGGCUAUGGAAAAAUGGUAAUACCCUCGACCGGUGUCUACGUGGGAAACUUUAAAGGCGGCCGCUUUCACGGAUUUGGCGUCUAUGAGCUCAAUUGCACCGGUGGCCACGACAGCGAGAUCUAUGAGGGUAACUUUUGUGAGGGUCUCUUUCACGGUCACGGCAUGAUGCGUAACAAUCGCUGCAUCUACGUGGGCGAGUACGUGGCGAAUGCCCGCAAUGGGUACGGCGUCAUGGAGGAUCUGAUCAGUGGCGACAAAUACAUGGGCAUGUUUGCGGACAACAAGCGGUGUGGCAUCGGCAGUUGCGUCACGAAUCGUGGUGACUACUUCGAGGGCCACUUUGCCGCCGACGACCUCUGCGGCAGCGGUGUGGCUGUCUUCGAGAACGACUACUACUACGAGGGUGAACUGACGCUGCAGGGACCCAAUGGACGCGGCGAGUACUAUAUGCCCAGCGGUGAUGUUGGCUGUAGUGUUUUGGGUGCCACCGAUCAGGACGAUGACAACUGUGAGCUAAUUGGCAAUAAGAUGUUUGGCCAUCUCAGCGGUAGCUGGGAAACGGUCCGCAUACAAAACGGUGAACUGGUGCUCAAUCGAUGUUUCUCCAAGUAUCCCAGUUCACUUGGUCGCGUUAUGGUGGAUCACAAUCGUAAAUGGCGCGCAUUGUUUCACAACUUUGAGUCGGAUGUGGCGAAUUGCAGUUCCGCAGCCAGCAGUCAUAGCGCCUUGGCUGCCAUUACGGGAGGCACGCUCAAGAAAGCAGCGAAAUCCACACUGAGCACGGCACAGCUGUGGAGCUGCAUUGCCGUUUACAUGAGCAAGCAGCGAUCGCGAGAUGGCACCAAGCCCGGCAAUUAUUUCAAUAACAUUCUGCUCAGUUUGCCUUUGCCACAGAAGUCGCCUGUGCAGCCGGCGAGGAGCAGCACGCCAACGUCGCAGGCAUCGUUGGUGUCCGGCAAGCAAACGUCCACACUGGAUCUGCUCAGCGCGACGCCACGUCGGAUCCACUCACAGGAGACACUGUGCAGGAAAUUGGACAGCUUGCAGCGCUCGGAUAGUUUGCUUUCGAUAGGCCACAACUCGACGAUUGAUACGAGAAGUUUGGUCAGCUUUAGCCUAAACGAGAGUCUGCUGGAUCGUAGCUUCAAUGGCGAGUCUGUGCCUGUGGGCAAUUUGAGCAGCAGUUUUGGCAACAUGUCCCAUAACCAUAACAAUAACAGCAAUAAUGCCACCAACAAUAACAACAUAUCCAAGCAUAGAAACAGCAGCAACUGUUCUAUUACGUCGACAACAUCCACGGGCAGCACAAUGCUGGAGCAGGUGCCCAGCUUUGGCAUGGCAAGCACUCUUGGCGAGCACGAUGUGAGCUGCAUCCGAUCGUAUUUAGAGCAGGCCUUCAAGGAUCGCUAUCAUCCGCUGUAUGCGUUAAACGAGCGCAUUGUCAACUGUUUCCAUUACUCCUAUGGCUAUUGGAAGGUGAAGCCAACACCGAUUUUGGCCAAGCAGGCGAUGCGUGAAUGGGAAUCAAUAUCCCGACGGAUUUAUCGAUUCGUGCGUAAAAUGUUUCCGGCACUGCCCGAGGAAUACUGUCAUCUCGAUGGCACCAGAGAGGUCAUCUCUCACAUUACCCUCCUCUAUCCGCUGGUCCUGUCCGAGGGCAUUUACUCAACGCUCUUUGUGCUCUAUGCCAACAAGUACAAUCGCAAGGAUGAGCUCUAUAGGCAGAAUUUAAAUCAUGCCGAAAAGUUGAACAAUGAGGAACUGGUGGAGCUGCUCGGUCACGACAGCUGUCUCAUCGCUGUGAUGCUGGACACGCAAUUCGAAGCGUCCAUACAGAUGCUGAAGCAGCUGCAAGAGAAAUUCAGUCCCCAGGAUAUGUUGACAGUGAUACAGCGCAACAUGGAGCUGCUGACGGAGGCAUAUGAGCACGCCAUGGCCACGAAUGGCGCACAGCUCAAUGCGGACAACAUGAUUCCACUGACAAUGCUGAGCAUGCUGCGUGCCGCUGUGCCACAUUUGGGUGCUGAGUUGGCGUUGCUGGACGAUCUGACGGGCGGCCCAAAUUUUCAGGCCGAAAUGAAUGGAAUGGCAGGAUAUUGCUAUACGACACUGAAGGCUGCCUACGAGCAUGUCACAAUGCGAGCGCUGCAACAAAGGACGUCUUAAAUUCGAAAAAAAAAAAAACUGAACGCCUCAAUUUAUUUUGUUUGUUGAAAUUGUUAUGGCUUUUAAUGCAACGAUCAAUUGAAUGCUAAUUUUUGCUUAUUGCAUGUGCAUUACAUAAGUAACCUGUUGAAAUAGUUAUAUAGACUGUAUAUAGGAAAAAUGUGCAACUGUCCUCGAAGGCAUAGGUCCUAGCUUAGGCUUGUUAUUUAAAUGUACAGUCGUUGAGGGGAUUUGCGGUGAUCUGUUUAUAAUGUAUGUAUGUAUAUGUAACAAUAUCUCUAUGAUAAUACUUCAUAUUAGAUUAGACUUUAAGAUUAACACAUUCCAUUAAAUAAAUGAUACAUAUAUCGACACAAUAUAUAUUACCAGUA